AUGGCGCCUCCAAGACCCCAGCCCGAUGCCUUCUGGACCCCAGCCCGUCGCCUUCGCUUUCCACGCCUGUCGCCUUCACUUCCCCUCCCCCGUCACCUUCACUUCCCCUCCCCCCGUCGCCUUCACUUCCCCCCACCCCGUCGCGCAACAUUCCCCCUCCCGUCGCCUUUCCCGCCCGUCGCCUUCGCUUCUCCCGCCCGUCGCCUUCCCUUCCUCUACCCAUCGCUCUCGCUUCCCCCGCCCGUCGCACUCGCUUCCCCUGCCCGUCGCACUCGCUUCCCCCGCCCGUCGCACUCGCUUCCCCGCCCGUCGCACUCGCUUCCCCGCCCGUCGCACUCGCUUCCCGGCCCGCGCUUCCCCCGCCCGUCGCUCUCGCUUCCCCCGCCCGUCGCACUCGCUUCCCCCGCCCGUCGCACUCGCUUCCCGCCAGUCGCACUCGCUUCCCCGCCCGCGCUUCCCCCGCCCGUCGCACUCGCUUCCCCCGCCCGUCGCACUCGCUUCCCGCCCGUCGCCACCACUACCCCUCCCAUUGCCGUUCACUCUCUCCAUCUCACGCUCUCCCCCUCGCUCACUCGCUUGCCCACCCGCAAUCUCUUCUCUCCUGCUCACUCCCCUCCCCCCUGCUCACUCUCUUCCCCCCUGCGCACUGCACACUCUCUUCCCACCCCCCUCACUCUCUUCCCCCCUGCGCACUGCACACUCUCUUUCCACCCCCCACACUCUCUUCUCCCCUGCGCACUGCACACUCUCUUCCCACCCCCCACACUCUCUUCUCCCCUGCGCACUGCACACUCUCUUCCCACCCCCCUCACUCUCUUCCCCCCUGCGCACUGCACACUCUCUUCCCACCCCCCUUACUCUCUUCCCCCCUACGCACUGCACACUCUCUUCCCACCCCCCUCACUCUCUUCCCGCCCGUCGCACUGCACACUCUCUUCCCACCCCCCUCACUCUCUUCCCCCCUGCGCACUGCACACUCUCUUCCCAUCCCCCUACGCACUGCACACUCUCUUCCCACCCCCCUCACUCUCUUUCCGCCCGUCGCACUGCACACUCUCUUCCCACCCCCCACACUCUCUUCUCCCCUGCGCACUGCACACUCUCUUCCCACCCCCCUCACUCUCUUCCCCCCUGCGCAGCACACUCUCUUCCCAACCCCCCUUACUCUCUUCCCCCCUACGCACUGCACACUCUCUUCCCACCCCCCUCACUCUCUUCCCGCCCGUCGCACUGCACACUCUCUUCCCACCCCCCACACUCUCUUCUCCCCUGCGCACUGCACACUCUCUUCCCAACCCCCUCACUCUCUUCUCCCCCAUCCGUCUUCACUCUCUUUCCCCUUUUUUUCUCACCCCUCUGCCCCGUCCACAUCCAACCCUCGCUUAUCUGCCAUACCCCCUCUUCCAUCCCCGUUCUAUCACAGAACCAUGCUUGGACAGGGGAAGCGUGGGCGAGGGUGGGGGGAAGCGUGGGCGACGGUGGGGCGGAUGGGGGGAUGAGAGGAAGAGUGGCCACAGCAGUCCCUCCCACACGUCGCCUCCCUCCUCUCUCUCCGCUCCCCGCUGUCUCCCCUCUUCCCCCCCUUUCCCCCCCACCUUCCCUUGCCGCGGCCACGGCGGCAUCAACAGCAAGACGGGGGGGCGUGGUGGCAGCUAUAUCCAAGGACAGGAGGGGGUGGGGCUGCCACGGCAGCAGCAGCAGCAGCAGCACGGAGGAGGGGAGUGGUGUGGUAGCAGCUAUAUCAAAGGACAGGCGGGGGGCGCUGCCACGGCGGCAGCAGCAGCAAAAAGGCGGGGAGUGGUAGCAGCUAUAUCCAAGGACAGGCGUGGGGCGCUGGUGCGCGCUAAGCGGAUGCGGCGGGGGGAGGGGAUUGCCUUGGGGGAAGGGUUAGGGGAAUUGGAGGGGGGGAUGGAGGUGGAGGGGAGGGAGGGAGAGGGCGAGGAGGAGGAGGAGAGGAGGCGGGUGGAGGAGGAGGGGCGAGUGGAAGAGGCGCAUUCAAGCGAUUGUGCCAGCCCACACUGUCGUCUCUUCCACGCCGAUGGCCAUCCUGCUCCUGUCCUCUUUCAUCCCCACUUACACUCCCGUGCCCGUGCCUGUGUCAAAGCGCAGCAGCACCAGAGCAGGAGGUUCAGGUGGACCGUGCAGCAGGAGAGGGUGGCUCUUGAGCUGAUUUGCAAGGCGUCUCCCACCUCUCUCUUUCCAAUCUUUUCUCGCCCCCAUCCACAUUGCCCAUACCCAUCCCCAUCCACAUUGCCCAUACCCAUCCCCAUACCCAUCCCCAUACCCAUCCCCAUCCACAUUGCCCAUACCCAUCCCCAUACCCAUCCCCAUACCCAUCCCCAUACCCAUCCCCAUACCCAUCCCCAUACCCAUCCCCAUACCCAUCCCCAUACCCAUCCCCAUACCCAUCCCCAUACCCAUCCCCAUACCCAUCCCCAUACUCAUCCCCAUACCCAUCCCCAUACCCAUCCCCAUACCCAUCCCCAUACCCAUCCCCAUACCCAUCCCCAUACCCAUCCCCAUACCCAUCCCCAUACCCAUCCCCAUACCCAUCCCCAUACCCAUCCCCAUACCCAUCCCCUUGCCCACUCGCAGCACCAACAGAGCAAGCGGGGCAGCCGUGCAGCACGAGAGGGUGGCAGCGCGCAAGGGAUUGUGCCCCGUGCAUGUGAGGGGUACAAUCCCUUGAGGGUGGCAGCACGAGAGGGUGGCAGCGCGCAAGGGAUUGUGCCCCGUGCAUGUGAGGGGUACAAUCCCUUGAGGGUGGCAGCACGAGAGGGUGGCAGCGCGCAAGGGAUUGUGCCCCGUGCAUGUGAGGGGUACAAUCCCUUGAGGGUGGCAGCACGAGAGGGUGGCAGCGCGCAAGGGAUUGUGCCCCGUGCAUGUGAGGGGUACAAUCCCUUGAGGGUGGCAGCACGAGAGGGUGGCAGCGCGCAAGGGAUUGUGCCCCGUGCCAGCCUCCACCCACGUCUCACCCCAAUCCUUCCUCUUGUCCCCUCCCCUCACGCCCCCCAUACCCAUCCCCAUCCUCCCAACCCCAGCGCCGCCAGAGCAGGCGGGGCAGCCGUGCAGCAGGAGCGGGUGGCGGCGCUCAAGGCGCUGCGUGAGCUGCUCUCGGCCAAUCACAGCCCGCCACUUGGCACUGCCGUGCGCUGUGGGGCCGUGCCUCUGCUGGCGGAGUGCCUGGCGUUUGGAGCCCCGGAGGAGCAGCUACUGGAAGCCGCGUGGUGUGUGACCAACAUAGCAUCGGGGGAGGCGGAGGAGACGCGUGCAGUGCUGCCCUGUGCUGCUCUGCUCAUUGCCCACUGCACUGACUCCCCGUCACCCGCAAUAGCGGAGCAGUGUGUGUGGGCGGUGGGCAACAUAGCAGCGGAGGCAGACGACCUGCGAGCCCAGCUGCUGGAUCAGGGCGCCCUGCCCGCCCUCACUCGCCUCCUGCUCGCUGCUGCUACUACUGCCACUGCGGGCAGCACGGGGGCUCGGUGGUUAACGGCACAGGCACCCUCUGCCAUGGCAUCUCUGGCAAAGACAGUGGCGUGGGCGCUAUCGUCCCUCAUCAAGGGCCCCAGCCCGCGCGCAGCCGUUGAUCUGGUGAAAUCGGACGGUGUGGAUGCAGCUAUUGUGGCCCUUCUAUCCUCAGGGUAUGGGAGGGAUGCUGGGGAAGUGGGAGUGUGGAGAGAGUGGGAGGUUAGAGCGAACUCUUCCCGCCCACCCCCAUCCUCCCCACCCACCUGUGCCUCUCCCUCCCACCUUGUGCCUCCCUCUCCCCCUUGUCCCUUUCCACCCAACCAGCAAUGCAGAGGCGGCAGUGGAGGCGGCAUGGGUGGCGGCAUACGUGACAGCACUGUCAGACGCCAGUGCCGAGAUGCUCGCUGCUGCCGGGCGAACCUGAGUAAUGUUGCCCUGUCCAUCCGCCUGUGCCUCCCUCCCCACCCUCUCAACAAUGCAGAGGCGGCAGUGGAAGCAGCAUGGAGGCCCUCGUGCCGCUGCUCACCGCCACCACUGACGUCGCUCUCCUCACUCCCGUACGCGCCACUGCCCAUGCUUGCAACCACUGCUCGUCCUUGCAACCUCGCCCCCAUGCUUGCAACCACUGCUCGUCCUUGCAACCUCGCCCCCAUGCUUGCAACCACUGCUCGUCCUUGCAACCUCGCCCCCAUGCUUGCAACCACUGCUCGUCCUUGCAACCUCGCCCCCAUGCUUGCAACCACUGCUCGUCCGUGCAACCUCGCCCCCAUGCUUGCAACCACUGCUCGUCCUUGCAACCUCGCCCCCAUGCUUGCAACCACUGCUCGUCCUUGCAACCUCGCCCCCAUGCUUGCAACCACUGCUCGUCCUUGCAACCUCGCCCCCAUGCUUGCAACCACUGCUCGUCCUUGCAACCUCGCCCCCAUGCUUGCAACCACUGCUCGUCCUUGCAACCUCGCCCCCAUGCUUGCAACCACUGCUCGUCCUUGCAACCUCGCCCCCAUGCUUGCAACCACUGCUCGUCCUUGCAACCUCGCCCCCAUGCUUGCAACCACUGCUCGUCCUUGCAACCUCGCCCCCAUGCUUGCAACCACUGCUCGUCCUUGCAACCUCGCCCCCAUGCUUGCAACCACUGCUCGUCCUUGCAACCUCGCCCCCAUGCUUGCAACCACUGCUCGUCCUUGCAACCUCGCCCCCAUGCUUGCAACCACUGCUCGUCCUUGCAACCUCGCCCCCAUGCUUGCAACCACUGCUCGUCCUUGCAACCUCGCCCCCAUGCUUGCAACCACUGCUCGUCCUUGCAACCUCGCCCCCAUGCUUGCAACCACUGCUCGUCCUUGCAACCUCGCCCCCAUGCUUGCAACCACUGCUCGUCCUUGCAACCUCGCCCCCAUGCUUGCAACCACUGCUCGUCCUUGCAACCUCGCCCCCAUGCUUGCAACCACUGCUCGUCCUUGCAACCUCGCCCCCAUGCUUGCAACCACUGCUCGUCCUUGCAACCUCGCCCCCAUGCUUGCAACCACUGCUCGUCCUUGCAACCUCGCCCCCAUGCUUGCAACCACUGCUCGUCCUUGCAACCUCGCCCCCAUGCUUGCAACCACUGCUCGUCCUUGCAACCUCGCCCCCAUGCUUGCAACCACUGCUCGUCCUUGCAACCUCGCCCCCAUGCUUGCAACCACUGCUCGUCCUUGCAACCUCGCCCCCAUGCUUGCAACCACUGCUCGUCCUUGCAACCUCGCCCCCAUGCUUGCAACCACUGCUCGUCCUUGCAACCUCGCCCCCAUGCUUGCAACCACUGCUCGUCCUUGCAACCUCGCCCCCAUGCUUGCAACCGCUGCUCGUCCUUGCAACCUCGCCCCCAUGCUUGCAACCACUGCUCGUCCUUGCAACCUCGCCCCCAUGCUUGCAACCACUGCUCGUCCUUGCAACCUCGCCCCCAUGCUUGCAACCACUGCUCGUCCUUGCAACCUCGCCCCCAUGCUUGCAACCACUGCUCGUCCUUGCAACCUCGCCCCCAUGCUUGCAACCACUGCUCGUCCUUGCAACCUCGCCCCCAUGCUUGCAACCACUGCUCGUCCUUGCAACCUCGCCCCCAUGCUUGCAACCACUGCUCGUCCUUGCAACCUCGCCCCCAUGCUUGCAACCACUGCUCGUCCUUGCAACCUCGCCCCCAUGCUUGCAACCACUGCUCGUCCUUGCAACCUCGCCCCCAUGCUUGCAACCACUGCUCGUCCUUGCAACCUCGCCCCCAUGCUUGCAACCACUGCUCGUCCUUGCAACCUCGCCCCCAUGCUUGCAACCACUGCUCGUCCUUGCAACCUCGCCCCCAUGCUUGCAACCACUGCUCGUCCUUGCAACCUCGCCCCCAUGCUUGCAACCACUGCUCGUCCUUGCAACCUCGUCCCCAUGCUUGCAACCACUGCUCGUCCUUGCAACCUCGCCCCCAUGCUUGCAACCACUGCUCGUCCUUGCAACCUCGCCCCCAUGCUUGCAACCACUGCUCGUCCUUGCAACCUCGCCCCCAUGCUUGCAACCACUGCUCGUCCGUGCAACCUCGCCCCCAUGCUUGCAACCACUGCUCGUCCGUGCAACCUCGCCCCCAUGCUUGCAACCACUGCUCGUCCUUGCAACCUCGCCCCCAUGCUUGCAACCACUGCUCGUCCGUGCAACCUCGCCCCCAUGCUUGCAACCACUGCUCGUCCUUGCAACCUCGCCCCCAUGCUUGCAACCACUGCUCGUCCUUGCAACCUCGCCCCCAUGCUUGCAACCACUGCUCGUCCUUGCAACCUCGCCCCCAUGCUUGCAACCACUGCUCGUCCUUGCAACCUCGCCCCCAUGCUUGCAACCACUGCUCGUCCUUGCAACCUCGCCCCCAUGCUUGCAACCACUGCUCGUCCUUGCAACCUCGCCCCCAUGCUUGCAACCACUGCUCGUCCUUGCAACCUCGCCCCCAUGCUUGCAACCACUGCUCGUCCUUGCAACCUCGCCCCCAUGCUUGCAACCACUGCUCGUCCUUGCAACCUCGCCCCCAUGCUUGCAACCACUGCUCGUCCUUGCAACCUCGCCCCCAUGCUUGCAACCACUGCUCGUCCUUGCAACCUCGCCCCCAUGCUUGCAACCACUGCUCGUCCUUGCAACCUCGCCCCCAUGCUUGCAACCACUGCUCGUCCUUGCAACCUCGCCCCCAUGCUUGCAACCACUGCUCGUCCUUGCAACCUCGCCCCCAUGCUUGCAACCACUGCUCGUCCUUGCAACCUCGCCCCCAUGCUUGCAACCACUGCUCGUCCUUGCAACCUCGCCCCCAUGCUUGCAACCACUGCUCGUCCUUGCAACCUCGCCCCCAUGCUUGCAACCACUGCUCGUCCUUGCAACCUCGCCCCCAUGCUUGCAACCACUGCUCGUCCUUGCAACCUCGCCCCCAUGCUUGCAACCACUGCUCGUCCUUGCAACCUCGCCCCCAUGCUUGCAACCACUGCUCGUCCUUGCAACCUCGCCCCCAUGCUUGCAACCACUGCUCGUCCUUGCAACCUCGCCCCCAUGCUUGCAACCACUGCUCGUCCUUGCAACCUCGCCCCCAUGCUUGCAACCACUGCUCGUCCUUGCAACCUCGCCCCCAUGCUUGCAACCACUGCUCGUCCUUGCAACCUCGCCCCCAUGCUUGCAACCACUGCUCGUCCUUGCAACCUCGCCCCCAUGCUUGCAACCACUGCUCGUCCUUGCAACCUCGCCCCCAUGCUUGCAACCACUGCUCGUCCUUGCAACCUCGCCCCCAUGCUUGCAACCACUGCUCGUCCUUGCAACCUCGCCCCCAUGCUUGCAACCACUGCUCGUCCUUGCAACCUCGCCCCCAUGCUUGCAACCACUGCUCGUCCUUGCAACCUCGCCCCCAUGCUUGCAACCACUGCUCGUCCUUGCAACCUCGCCCCCAUGCUUGCAACCACUGCUCGUCCUUGCAACCUCGCCCCCAUGCUUGCAACCACUGCUCGUCCUUGCAACCUCGCCCCCAUGCUUGCAACCACUGCUCGUCCUUGCAACCUCGCCCCCAUGCUUGCAACCACUGCUCGUCCUUGCAACCUCGCCCCCAUGCUUGCAACCACUGCUCGUCCUUGCAACCUCGCCCCCAUGCUUGCAACCACUGCUCGUCCGUGCAACCUCGCCCCCAUGCUUGCAACCACUGCUCGUCCGUGCAACCUCGCCCCCAUGCUUGCAACCACUGCUCGUCCGUGCAACCUCGCCCCCAUGCUUGCAACCACUGCUCGUCCUUGCAACCUCGCCCCCAUGCUUGCAACCACUGCUCGUCCUUGCAACCUCGCCCCCAUGCUUGCAACCACUGCUCGUCCGUGCAACCUCGCCCCCAUGCUUGCAACCACUGCUCGUCCGUGCAACCUCGCCCCCAUGCUUGCAACCACUGCUCGUCCGUGCAACCUCGCCCCCAUGCUUGCAACCACUGCUCGUCCGUGCAACCUCGCCCCCAUGCUUGCAACCACUGCUCGUCCUUGCAACCUCGCCCCCAUGCUUGCAACCACUGCUCGUCCUUGCAACCUCGCCCCCAUGCUUGCAACCACUGCUCGUCCUUGCAACCUCGCCCCCAUGCUUGCAACCACUGCUCGUCCUUGCAACCUCGCCCCCAUGCUUGCAACCACUGCUCGUCCGUGCAACCUCGCCCCCAUGCUUGCAACCACUGCUCGUCCGUGCAACCUCGCCCCCAUGCUUGCAACCACUGCUCGUCCUUGCAACCUCGCCCCCAUGCUUGCAACCACUGCUCGUCCUUGCAACCUCGCCCCCAUGCUUGCAACCACUGCUCGUCCUUGCAACCUCGCCCCCAUGCUUGCAACCACUGCUCGUCCUUGCAACCUCGCCCCCAUGCUUGCAACCACUGCUCGUCCGUGCAACCUCGCCCCCAUGCUUGCAACCACUGCUCGUCCGUGCAACCUCGCCCCCAUGCUUGCAACCACUGCUCGUCCUUGCAACCUCGCCCCCAUGCUUGCAACCACUGCUCGUCCGUGCAACCUCGCCCCCAUGCUUGCAACCACUGCUCGUCCUUGCAACCUCGCCCCCAUGCUUGCAACCACUGCUCGUCCUUGCAACCUCGCCCCCAUGCUUGCAACCACUGCUCGUCCUUGCAACCUCGCCCCCAUGCUUGCAACCACUGCUCGUCCGUGCAACCUCGCCCCCAUGCUUGCAACCACUGCUCGUCCGUGCAACCUCGCCCCCAUGCUUGCAACCACUGCUCGUCCGUGCAACCUCGCCCCCAUGCUUGCAACCACUGCUCGUCCGUGCAACCUCGCCCCCAUGCUUGCAACCACUGCUCGUCCUUGCAACCUCGCCCCCAUGCUUGCAACCACUGCUCGUCCUUGCAACCUCGCCCCCAUGCUUGCAACCACUGCUCGUCCUUGCAACCUCGCCCCCAUGCUUGCAACCACUGCUCGUCCGUGCAACCUCGCCCCCAUGCUUGCAACCACUGCUCGUCCUUGCAACCUCGCCCCCAUGCUUGCAACCACUGCUCGUCCUUGCAACCUCGCCCCCAUGCUUGCAACCACUGCUCGUCCGUGCAACCUCGCCCCCAUGCUUGCAACCACUGCUCGUCCGUGCAACCUCGCCCCCAUGCUUGCAACCACUGCUCGUCCGUGCAACCUCGCCCCCAUGCUUGCAACCACUGCUCGUCCUUGCAACCUCGCCCCCAUGCUUGCAACCACUGCUCGUCCUUGCAACCUCGCCCCCAUGCUUGCAACCACUGCUCGUCCGUGCAACCUCGCCCCCAUGCUUGCAACCACUGCUCGUCCUUGCAACCUCGCCCCCAUGCUUGCAACCACUGCUCGUCCGUGCAACCUCGCCCCCAUGCUUGCAACCACUGCUCGUCCGUGCAACCUCGCCCCCAUGCUUGCAACCACUGCUCGUCCUUGCAACCUCGCCCCCAUGCUUGCAACCACUGCUCGUCCGUGCAACCUCGCCCCCAUGCUUGCAACCACUGCUCGUCCUUGCAACCUCGCCCCCAUGCUUGCAACCACUGCUCGUCCUUGCAACCUCGCCCCCAUGCUUGCAACCACUGCUCGUCCUUGCAACCUCGCCCCCAUGCUUGCAACCACUGCUCGUCCUUGCAACCUCGCCCCCAUGCUUGCAACCACUGCUCGUCCUUGCAACCUCGCCCCCAUGCUUGCAACCACUGCUCGUCCUUGCAACCUCGCCCCCAUGCUUGCAACCACUGCUCGUCCUUGCAACCUCGCCCCCAUGCUUGCAACCACUGCUCGUCCGUGCAACCUCGCCCCCAUGCUUGCAACCACUGCUCGUCCGUGCAACCUCGCCCCCAUGCUUGCAACCACUGCUCGUCCUUGCAACCUCGCCCCCAUGCUUGCAACCACUGCUCGUCCGUGCAACCUCGCCCCCAUGCUUGCAACCACUGCUCGUCCGUGCAACCUCGCCCCCAUGCUUGCAACCACUGCUCGUCCUUGCAACCUCGCCCCCAUGCUUGCAACCACUGCUCGUCCGUGCAACCUCGCCCCCAUGCUUGCAACCACUGCUCGUCCUUGCAACCUCGCCCCCAUGCUUGCAACCACUGCUCGUCCGUGCAACCUCGCCCCCAUGCUUGCAACCACUGCUCGUCCGUGCAACCUCGCCCCCAUGCUUGCAACCACUGCUCGUCCUUGCAACCUCGCCCCCAUGCUUGCAACCACUGCUCGUCCUUGCAACCUCGCCCCCAUGCUUGCAACCACUGCUCGUCCGUGCAACCUCGCCCCCACGCUUGCAACCACUGCUCGUCCGUGCAACCUCGCCCCCAUGCUUGCAACCACUGCUCGUCCGUGCAACCUCGCCCCCAUGCUUGCAACCACUGCUCGUCCUUGCAACCUCGCCCCCAUGCUUGCAACCACUGCUCGUCCUUGCAACCUCGCCCCCAUGCUUGCAACCACUGCUCGUCCUUGCAACCUCGCCCCCAUGCUUGCAACCACUGCUCGUCCUUGCAACCUCGCCCCCAUGCUUGCAACCACUGCUCGUCCUUGCAACCUCGCCCCCAUGCUUGCAACCACUGCUCGUCCUUGCAACCUCGCCCCCAUGCUUGCAACCACUGCUCGUCCUUGCAACCUCGCCCCCAUGCUUGCAACCACUGCUCGUCCGUGCAACCUCGCCCCCAUGCUUGCAACCACUGCUCGUCCUUGCAACCUCGCCCCCAUGCUUGCAACCACUGCUCGUCCUUGCAACCUCGCCCCCAUGCUUGCAACCACUGCUCGUCCUUGCAACCUCGCCCCCAUGCUUGCAACCACUGCUCGUCCUUGCAACCUCGCCCCCAUGCUUGCAACCACUGCUCGUCCUUGCAACCUCGCCCCCAUGCUUGCAACCACUGCUCGUCCUUGCAACCUCGCCCCCAUGCUUGCAACCACUGCUCGUCCUUGCAACCUCGCCCCCAUGCUUGCAACCACUGCUCGUCCUUGCAACCUCGCCCCCAUGCUUGCAACCACUGCUCGUCCUUGCAACCUCGCCCCCAUGCUUGCAACCACUGCUCGUCCUUGCAACCUCGCCCCCAUGCUUGCAACCACUGCUCGUCCUUGCAACCUCGCCCCCAUGCUUGCAACCACUGCUCGUCCUUGCAACCUCGCCCCCAUGCUUGCAACCACUGCUCGUCCUUGCAACCUCGCCCCCAUGCUUGCAACCACUGCUCGUCCUUGCAACCUCGCCCCCAUGCUUGCAACCACUGCUCGUCCUUGCAACCUCGCCCCCAUGCUUGCAACCACUGCUCGUCCUUGCAACCUCGCCCCCAUGCUUGCAACCACUGCUCGUCCUUGCAACCUCGCCCCCAUGCUUGCAACCACUGCUCGUCCUUGCAACCUCGCCCCCAUGCUUGCAACCACUGCUCGUCCUUGCAACCUCGCCCCCAUGCUUGCAACCACUGCUCGUCCUUGCAACCUCGCCCCCAUGCUUGCAACCACUGCUCGUCCUUGCAACCUCGCCCCCAUGCUUGCAACCACUGCUCGUCCUUGCAACCUCGCCCCCAUGCUUGCAACCACUGCUCGUCCUUGCAACCUCGCCCCCAUGCUUGCAACCACUGCUCGUCCUUGCAACCUCGCCCCCAUGCUUGCAACCACUGCUCGUCCUUGCAACCUCGCCCCCAUGCUUGCAACCACUGCUUGUUGCUGCCGGGCUGUAGCACCUCACUUUUAUUUUGACCCCUGGCGCGUGCUGCCGUCCCUCCCCACAACCGCUCUCACCCAAACGAAUCCCUUCCCAGGUGGUGUGCGGGCCAUAGGCAAACUGACAGCAGGAGAUUCCAAGGUGGUGCGGGCCAUAGGCAACCUGACAGCAGGAGAUUCCAGCAGAACCACUCGCCUGCUGACAGCUGGCACGCCCUUCCAAGCCCAGCCCAUCCCUGCCCCGGCCCCUCCGGGUGUGGUGGCAGCAGCAGCGGUGGGGCCGGGACUGUUGGGACUGGCGGAGUGCCUUGAGAACAAUCACCAUGGGCUGAAGAAGGAGACAGCGUGGGCAGUGUCAAACGUGACAGCUGGCGACAGCUGGCACAAGGCGGCUGUGAUUGGUGGAGACACAGGGGCGAUGGGAGCAGCAGGCAAGGCGUCGAGGCUAUACCAGCUGCUCGUGCAUUUGCUCCGCACGGCACCAUUCGACAUCAAGAGAGAAGUCGCCUUCGCUCUCGCGAAUCUCUGUGUGGAUCCGGCGGAGCAAGAGCCAAUGGGGGAGCGCCACGUGGCGGUCCAGCAGUCGCGCGUGGCAGCACUAGUGGACGCGGGGUGCCUGCCGCCCUUCCUCUCCCUCAUCCGCUCAGCAGAUGCUGACGCUGUGCGGCUGGGUCUGCAGUUCACUGAAGUGGUGAGGAGGGAUGCAGGACGGUAUGAGGUGGUGAGAAGGUGCACGGUGGUGAGGAGCGGUGUGGAAAGGACGGUGUGCGGUGGCGGGUGCGGAAAGGUGCGUGGUGGUGAGGAGGUGUGUGAGAAGGUGCUGCUGCUGCACGACUGA